UUUCCGUUGUUUCCUGUGAGUGCGCAUGCGUUUUCCUUCCUGCUCGGGUUUCGCGGGUUGCUUUCAAUUCGCGGCAAAGCUGUGUACUGCGUACGUUUAGUUUAUUAUUAUUUUUGGCUUAAGCCUUUACAUAUACUUUUUAUUUUUAACAAUGAGCCUAUGGCUUGAUAAAUAUCGACCCUCUUCACUUAACAAACUAGACUAUCACAAGGAGCAAGCCUCCCAGCUGAAGAAUCUGGUGCAGCAUGGCGACUUUCCUCAUUUGCUUGUAUAUGGUCCAUCAGGUGCUGGUAAGAAGACUCGAAUAAUGUGUUUGCUGCGGGAGCUGUAUGGUGCCGGUGUAGAAAAACUCAGAAUUGAGCAUCAAACCAUAACCGCUCCAUCAAAAAAGAAAAUUGAAAUCAGCACUAUAGCAAGCAACUACCACCUAGAAGUCAAUCCCAGUGAUGCUGGAAAUAAUGAUCGUGUGGUUAUUCAGGAACUCCUAAAAACAGUAGCUCAGUCACAGCAGAUCCAGACUAGUACUCAGAGGGAUUUUAAAGUUGUAAUUUUGACCGAAGUUGACAGGCUUACCAAAGAUGCCCAGCAUGCACUGAGGAGAACAAUGGAAAAGUAUAUGGCCAACUGCAGGCUCAUUUUAUGUUGCAACUCCACAUCUAAAGUGAUUCCUCCAAUUAGAAGUCGGUGCCUGGCAGUUCGUGUGCCUUUGCCAAGUGUGGAAGAGAUCUGUACUGUACUCAUCGGUGUAUGCAAGAAGGAAGGUCUAAGUCUCCCGGCAGAGCUGGCAAAAAGAAUCGCAGAGAAAUCUGGAAGAAACCUUCGUAAAGCUUUACUAAUGUGUGAGGCCUGCAGAGUGCAGCAGUUGCCAUUUUCUGCUGACCAAGAUAUACCAGAAACAGACUGGGAAGUGUACCUCCGAGAGACGGCAAAUGCUAUUGUCAGCCAGCAGUCUCCACAGAGAUUACUUGAAGUUCGUGGAAGACUUUAUGAACUUCUGACACACUGCAUUCCACCUGAAAUCAUAAUGAAGGGCUUGUUGUCUGAACUUCUGAACAACUGUGAUGGGCAUUUAAAAGGAGAAGUUGCACAAAUGGCUGCAUAUUAUGAACAUCGGCUACAACUGGGCAGCAAAGCAGUUUAUCACCUGGAGGCAUUUAUUGCAAAAUUUAUGGCGGUGUACAAGAGGUUUAUGGAGGACGGAUUGGAAGCUAUGAUGUUUUAAAAAAUGCACACUUUAAGUAGAAAUUAGCAAUCUUUGUCAUGCAUUCAUAUUGUGUUGUAUUGCUUUUUCUUUAUAUUUUAUGUUUUUUGCAUAAGAAGUAAACUGUUUCUGCUAAUCCAAGUGUAAACACUUUGCCUUUUAAGUACACCACCUGCAGUAAUGGAGAGCUUGUAGGUGUUACCAGUUAGUGUACAGUGACCAGUAACUUCAUAAGGUAAGUGACUGAGUCAUAUCUGGUAGCAACUA